AUGAUGAAACGGAAGGCAGAAUUAAAAGACAAUUUUGGAAUUUGCAUGACAUCUAUAGUGGCGAUGAUACCGAAACAGCAAAUACAGAUGCUACACGUGCUGCUAUGCUUCAUGGACAGAAAUUACGUUAACAGAUGUGAAUUAAGUAACAUUGAUCCGGCAGAUUCAAAACACCAUUUAAUUAAUGAACAACUAUAUCUUGGAAUCGCUGUUGCAUCAAAAAUCAACACUUCUGAAAUAAAAGCAGGAGUCUCUGCCGGUGGGCCCAAAUUGUUCCUCGAGUAUAAAGCUUUUUCGCGCUUGAAAAAUGAUCCAAAAUGA